AUGGAUAUUUUAUUCAAUUUGCAAUCUGAAAAUGAUUUCAAAACAGUGGCUGAAGAUAUAGUCAAUCACUUGUAUACUGCACAAAGGGAUUCAAGUGGGAUACUGGAUGAAAAUACAAUGAUUACAGUUAAAGAAGAAAUAAAGAAUUUGCUUUUUGAAUCUAAUGUUAAUGUAAAAAAGAUUAAUGAUAUACUUUCAGAAAAAAACUAUGAAAUUGAAAGAAUCGGAAUAUUUUUAUAUUUAAUUGAAAAGAACCAAGAGAAACUAAUGUACUUAACAUUAGUUAAUCAUAACAGUGCCUAUGGUGAAGCACUAGAAAAUUUUGAUUGGGCAUUAAAGCUGGUUCAUGGAACAAGUGAGCUUAAGAAAUUACAUUAUCCAUUACUCCAAAUUGUACUCACAAAUAUUCAUAAGAUGGAAAAGAAGCAUAGAGUUUAUGAUGUUAGUAAAGAUAUGUUAGGUAAAUUGAUAGAUGUUUUGGAAAACAUAGAUACAUUU